AUGCCCAUCUUCGCCCCAGUCUACCGCCCGACGGCACACCAACAAACAUUCCUAACCCACCAGCAAAAGCUCGAGAGCAAGAAGCGCAAACGUGGUGAAGCAUCCUCCGACGAUGAAGGCCACCCCUCCUCUUCAGCCUCAAUCUCACCCUCACCACGCCCUCACCACGGAGUGAACAAAACAGACCCCUACCACAUCGCCGGCCUCUCACGACAAGACCCCCUCCCACCACCACCCUUCCCUCAUGCCCCGCUCAAAGGACUAUCCCAGCCAAAGGUACCCAUCGAAGAAUCCCUCGCCACCCUCAACCCACCCCUCUACCUCCCCCCCUCCCAACCAGAAGACAAAUCCACCUCCACCAAACGCCGCCACCUCGACAACCUCACCACCCUCCUCCACCGCUCCCUUUUGAAGCAAGACUACCCCCGCGCCUCCCGCGCCUGGAGCAUCUUACUCCGCACCUCCAUCUCGGGCCAAGGCCUCGACAUCCGUCGCGCGGGGCGGUGGGGGAUUGGAGCUGAGCUUUUGAUGCGGAAGGGUACGGAGGAGGAAGGGGACGUGUUCUCGGAUGAAGGGUUCAAGUUAGCGAGGCAGUAUUACGAGCGGUUGGUGCUGCAGUAUCCGCACACGGCGCAGACGCAGCAUGGGUUCAAUUCUUCCGUUGUUUUCCCGGCGCUUUUCAACGUCAGGGUGUUUGAAGUUCAGGACCGCUCUAAGAGGGCGAGGCGGGAGUUGUCCGCGAAUGAGGACAAUGCGACGUCCGUUGCAGAUAGUUCCACUGAGCGACCGGUCGAUGAGAUCCAGCUGCGAGCCAUCCGGGCCCAGGAGUUGGAAGAGGCGCUGCCGAUCGCGCGACGCAUGGACGAAAUCCUUUCAGGUCCUCCUUAUGACACCAACGCGACUCUUCUGGAGCUCAGAAGUAUGGUGGCGCUCUGGAUCUCAGACCUGCAUGGCAUGUUGGCCAAGCUGCCGGACGAAGAGAUGGACACCAGCUUUGGCUCCGAAGCGACGUCUCCAACCGUCAAUGCCACGGAGUCGCAUUAUGCGAAUGCUGAGGCCGAGCGGCAGAAGGCGAGAGACGUGUUUGCGAAACUCGAAGCUUUAGGUGCGGAGCUGAGGCCUGAAGUCGCUAGAAUUGUGAGAGAUCUUGAGAACGACUGA